AUGGUUUUGCUAAAAUAUUUGAUAAUUUUUGCCGUAGUCAUUUGUGUUUCUGAACAAAGAGGAUUUGGAUUUCGAAAAUUGUUGGAUCGACUGAACCGUCAUGGAAAUCGCCGACAGCCCUUCGACCGGCACCUUCCAAAAUUCAAGUUGCCCUUUAAACAUAAACCAAAGUGGGAAAAACCAGAAGAGAACGUUGUAACUACUGAAACGAGCAACAUUGAUUCGACUGAGAAACCUCCAGUGCCAGACAAUACUACACCCCUUCCAGCAGAUGAUAUUCUAUCAAAACUAGGGCAAGAUCAUAUGGCAGCAAAGCCUGAUUUACCAACAGUGCCUGAAUUACCAAAACUAGACCAAGAGAGUAAAAUGCCACCUGUAGCUGAUGGGCCAGAUGGCAGAAUGCCAGGACCAAAUGGUGGAAUGCUAGGACCAAAUGGUGGAAUGCCAGAAUCAAAUGGUGGUAUGCCAGGACCAAAUGGUAUGUUUGGACCAAAUGGUGAAAUGCCAGGACCAAAUGGUGAAAUGUCAGGACCAAAUGGUGGAAUGCCAGGACCAAAUGGUGGAAUGCCAGGACCAAAUGAGAUUUUUGGACCAAAUGGUGAAAUGCCAGGACCAAAUGAUGGAAUGCCAGGAUCAAAUGGUGAAAUGCCAGGACCAAAUGGUGGAAUGCCAGGACCAAAUGGGAUGUUUGGACCAAAUGGUGGAAUGCCAGGUCCAGAUGACAGAAUGCCAGGACCAAAUGGUGGAAUGCCAGGACCAGAUGGUGAAAUGCCAGGACCAAAUGGUGGUAAGCCAGGUCCAGGUGGUCGUAUGCCUGGUCCAGAUGGUGGUAUGCCAGGACCAAAUGGUAUGUUUGGACCAAAUGGUGAAAUGCCAGGACCAAAUGGUGGUAUGCCAGGACCAAAUGGUAUGUUUGGACCAAAUGGUGAAAUGCCAGGACCAAAUGGUGAAAUGCCAGGACCAAAUGGUGGAAUGCCAGGAUCAAAUGGUGAAAUGCCAGGACCAAAUGGUGGAAUGCCAGGACCAAAUGGUGGUAUGCCAGGAACAGAUGGUGGUAUGCCAGGACCGAAUGGGAUGUUUGGACCAAAUGGUGGUAUGCCAGGACCAAAUGGUGGAAUGCUAGGACCUAAUGGGAUGUUUGGACCAAAUGGUGGAUUGCCAGGACCAGAUGAUGAAAUGCCAGGACCAAAUGGUGGUAAGCCAGGUCCAGAUGGUCGUAUGCCUGGUCCAGAUGGUGGUAUGCCAGGACCAAAUGGUAUGUUUGGACCAAAUGGUGAAAUGCCAGGACCAAAUGGUGGAAUGCCAGGACCAAAUGGUGGUAUGCCAGGAACAGAUGGUGGUAUACCAGGACCGAAUGGGAUGUUUGGACCAAAUGGUGGUAUGCCAGGACCAAAUAGUGGAAUGCUAGGACCUAAUGGGAUGUUUGGACCAAAUGGUGGUAUGUCAGGACCAAAUGGGAUGUUUGGACCAAAUCGUGGUAUGUCAGGACCAAAUGGUGGAAUGCCAGGACCAGAUGGUGGAAUGCCAGGACCAAAUGGUGGAAUGCCAGGACCAAAUGGGAUGUUUGGACCAAAUGGUGGAAUGCCAGGACCAAAUGGUGGAAUGCUAGGACCUAAUGGGAUGUUUGGACCAAAUGGUGGUAUGUCAGGACCAAAUGGUGGAAUGCCAGGACCAAAUGGGAUGUUUGGACCAAAUCGUGGUAUGUCAGGACCAAAUGGUGGAAUGCCAGGACCAGAUGGUGGAAUGCCAGGACCAAAUGGUGGAAUGCCAGGACCAAAUGGUGGAAUGCCAGGACCAAAUGGGAUGUUUGGACCAAAUGGUGGUAUGUCAGGACCAAAUGGUGGAAUGCCAGGACCAAAUGGGAUGUCAGGACCAAAUGGUGGAAUGCCAGGACCAAAUGGGAUGUUUGGACCAAAUGGUGGUAUGUCAGGACCAAAUGGUGGAAUGCCAGGACCAAAUGGUGGAAUGCCAGGACCAAAUGGGAUGCUUGGACCAAAUGGUGGAAUGCCAGGACCAAAUGGGAUGUUUGGACCAAAUGGUGGAAUGCCAGGACCUAAUGGUGGUAUGCCAGGAUCAAAUGGUGGAAUGCCAGGACCAAAUGGUGGAAUGCCAGGACCAAAUGGGAUGUUUGGACCAAAUGGUGGUAUGCCAGGACCAAAUGGUGGAAUGCCAGGACCAAAUGGUGGGAUGUCAGGACCAAAUGGGAUGUUUGGACCAAGUGGUGAAAUGCCAGGUUUGAAAUCACCUAACAUGGAGGAAAUAUUUCCACUGCUGCGGGAGGUAACAUCUGACAAGGAGCUCUCUGCUGCUCUUCACGGCCUGGCAUCCAUGAUGCACGAUACGCCACUUGGGAAAGAAGUGAUGGAGAGCAUGCAACCGCCGAUCCCAGAAGCCUAGUCGACUUAGUCUGCAUGCAGGGUGCAGAUAGUGGAAGAAGGCAGAUGAUUAGAUUUCCACAUUCCUGGAACACUGUGUAAUUAUAUAAUAAUAAAAAGAAAAAUUAUA